GCUGACUCGAGUCGUGCAGAUCAGCCAGAUUAGCAGGAGCCGUCGAUCACCCAAGAUCCAGCGGUGACGAGAGAGUUCCUCGUUACAAAUAGGAACCCUGGUAUCAUAUCAAGAGAGCGAUGUCAACAGUGCCGUCAACAUUGGAGGCUCGCGGAGAGACAGCUGUCCUCGGAGUAGGACCUUCAGCUUUGAACGAUGGUGCGAGCUACGCGGCUCCUAGGAAGCAAACUGCGCUAGGUGGUGGGGUAUCGGGAUCCGGGAGCACGUUCUUCCUUGACUCAUCUGCGUCUGGAUCUGGACGUGGACAUGGUGCUGCUGGGGUCGCAAGCUCGAGGAGCGUGGGAAAGAGAAAGCAGAGAAGAAGCGAAAAUGCCCGACUGACUUCGAAUCCCCACGCAACGAGGCCAACUGCCCGCGAUUAUUCCCUCUCGCACCCAAACGCACGGAUACCUACCUUUCCGCUCCCUCCGCACCUCUCGAGAUUGACGGCGACGCCAGGUAGUCCUCGGCCGACCGUAGACACCCAGGCCAAUGGGCGCUUCAAUCUCCGACUAUCAGAGGCUAGCUUCUUCCUAAAUCACCAAAUCGGCGUCCGCGUUGACCCUCGGAUAGAACUCGUGCCCAUUGACGAGACCCUAACGCCGCCGCAGAGGUGUGUGCGGAUUGCUGAGGCAGAGAUUAGGACAUGGAUGGACCAGGUCGUCUUUCGAAGCCCGACUCGCGUCGUCAAAAGGGUACUCUUUGAAACCCAAGAUGGCGAGCCGCUCUUGAAAGAGGAGGCCCGACAUCCCCAUAGCCUCGUGUGGACUAUCCGGGAACCGUAUAUGCGUCUAGCAAUCCACUGUCUUGCACGGGUGCUGGGCUGUCCUUCAUUCAGCAAAGACGUGCCCUCGUCGACCCGACAGACAUGGAUUCUGCACCCGCGUCCUCCGAAAGUACCAGCACGCCGAGCUAAUGGUACCUCAGAUAUCGACACACCACCAGCAACGGAUGUGGGAACAGAUCUCGGGAGCGAGGCGAGCGACUGGGCAGGUCUGACGGAAGAGAGCGAGCUGAGCGAAGCCGAAGGCUAUAUCUUGGCAGAUGCUAUGUCCGAGUUUGGUGAGGAUGACACGGAGCAAGAAGACGCAAUUUUCGGUGACCAGACUAUUAGAGAUAGAGAUAGAGGCGAGGUGGACGGCAAAGCUCUGAGAGCACUAGAUGAUGUCCAAGAAGUCGACAGCGAGGCAGAUGCCGAUGUAGAGGAUGAUUGA